UGUAAAGCCCGUCGGCUCGCAAAAGAGCUUUCUCAUAACUCAAAACAUACAUGAGAAAAUUAGAUUAAUCCGAAAUUCUAUUACGUCAACAGAUACCUAACAGGUAACUAAAUAUUCCCGUAAAAUUAUAAAAAAGAUGGAAGCUUAUCAAAAACAGCAAACUGUCGACAGUCGUUCUAUUAUUUCAACUAAGACAUCCAUAAAACGAGAUUUAUCUGCGUCAAAACAUCGUUGCAUAAAGUGUGUUGCUAACAAGCAACGGCUUGUUUUGUUAUGUUUUGACGGAAAUUAUACUCAUUAAUCCUCAAGUGUGCGCUCUUUGCAGGAUUUUGACCAAAAUCCGAUACAUUGAAGUUAAUCAGCACAUUUUGACAUGGAGGAGUUAUGUUUAGCAUCAUUUCACACAGGUACCAAACUACACACAGCCUCUGUAAAUGGAGAUAAAAUAUCGCUUCAAAAACUUUUAAAAGAUCAAAGAUAUCUCGAUAAGUUAAACAAUGGGGACCGAUAUGGUCGUACCGCUUUGUUCUACACUGUUUAUGGUGACUGUUUUGAAUGCGCAAAGAUAUUACUGCGACAUGAAGCAGAUACUUCGUUAACAGACAGCGACAACCGCACGCUACUUCAUUGGGCGGCUUAUUUGGGAAGAACAAAAUUCAUUAAAUUAUUUCUCAACCCUGCAAAUGCUAGAAGCCAAUGUCAGUCAUUGGACAAAGAUGGCAGAACGCCUUUACACUAUGCUGCAAUGCAGCCCGAUUCGAGAUGUCUUCGCAGUUUCUUACGUUGUAAUGUCGACCGAAAGAUAAUAAAUUCAACCGAUAAAGAACAAAUGACAGCUUUACAAUGGAGCGUAUUUUACAAUCGUUUAGAAAAUAUCAAAGUCCUUUUAAAACAAGGUGCAGACACAACAAAGCGGGAUGGAAAGGGACGAUGUCUACUUCACUUAGCAGUUCUCAACCCCAACCAUGACUCCAUGCGUAUUGUACGUAUUUUGGUGAAACUAAAUCGGCAUUAUUUAAGACACAUUGACUGCAACAAACGCACUUCUCUUCAUCUCGCUGUUGCCAACGGUUGUAAUAAUCUCGCUCGAGAGUUAUGCUGUAUAGAAGCAACAGAAGGAAGCGCUAUAAAUGACCUGGACUGCCAUUCAAGAAGUGUAUUACAUUAUGCAGUGUUGAAGGAUGACAUUGAGCAAAUACAUAUGUUAAUAUCUCUGGGUGUGCUACCCCAUCACCAAGACGAUACAGGAGCUACGGUUCUACACUAUGCCUCAAAAAAUGACAAUUUAAAAGUAGUGAAAUGCCUUUUUACAAAAUACAAAAAUCUCGAAGAUAUGCCUGAUUUUCAAGGAAGGACCGCACUCAUUUGGGCUGCAAGUCAGGGAUCGAGAAAUGUUCUUCAAUUUAUGCUGCAACACGUCGAAUGCUUCAAUAUUCAUGCCAGUGACAACGAUGGACAGACAGCGUUACAUUUUGCUUGCCUUGCUGGUCAUAAAGAAUGUGUUAAGCUGCUUGUCGAUAAUUUAGCAGACACUUUACAACGGGAUAAGUUAGGACGAACUGCUUUGUUUAAAGCUUGUCAACACGGAGAGAGAGAGAUCAUCGAUAUCCUCAUGUACAAUGAAGAAUACCAAUCAACGAAAGGUGAUAGUGCUUGCUCAGACCAUGGUCUUGUGGACAAUGACUCAAAAGGUGUAAUUAGUAGACAAAGGGCUACAAAAAAUAAAUUAGAGACGAAACGAAACCUUCUGUUUUCCAUUGAAGAAGAAUCUCAAAUGUCCAAAGAUUUUUUAGACAAUUCUGAAUGGACGACUGAAGUCACGGAGACUUCAAUAGAUGAAGGACAUUUCCAAAUGAUAAUUGACACGGAAAAUUCACAAGACACAUCAGAAAUCGUGAAUAAAAUGUUGGACUCUGAAAGAAUGAAAAAUUCAAUGAAAAUACUUCCUGGGAUUGAUAAGUUGGUGGAUGAAGAAGGCUGUACUCCUCUUCAUUUUGCAGCUCAUGCUGGUCACGUGUCAGUAUGUGAGUGGUUACUAAGUCAGGGGGUAAACCCAGCCAAGAAGGAUAUAAAAGGUCGCACUGCACUCCACUGGGCGGCUUAUAACGGUCAUACUGAAUGCAUGAAACAUAUCUUAUUGUGUAAUGAAAGUUUAGCCAAUGACCGUGAUCUGGAUGGUUAUUCUGUUCUACAUCACGCUGCCAGUACUGGUCAGCUGGAAGCAGUGAAAUUGCUAGUCCAAAAACCAUAUCACGCCGUACUUAACUACCGUGUCAAGAAACUAGAUUGGACACCACUCGAUUUUGCAAUUGCCGCUGACCAUCAAGAUGUUACACAAUUCCUCAUGGAUAAUGGAGGACUCACAAUUGCUUGGCUCCAGGACAUCGCUGCGGAUAAAAUAAAGAAGUUUGUACGACAGCUUGCCGUAAAGCGACGAGAAGCAGUCAUUUUACCACUAAUAGCAAAACACGAAGAGCUGCAAAAACAAGAAGAAUGUUGUCGAAAGCUAUCAAGUGUUAAGAACACAAAAACGACAAAAGAUGAAAACACGAAGCAACUCAACCAAAUUAUCGAAACUGUUAUCGGUUGCAGUGAUAGGAGCGAAAUCUUUAGUAAGAACCAAUGCAACAGUAGACAUGCUGUUUAUCAUGAUGACGUAAUCACGGGCAAGAAAAUCGAUAAGUAUGACGACAUCGUCAAAGAAAAUGACGUAUUUGAAUCAAGUGAUAAGGGAAAAAUCAAAGCAGAGAUUUUGUAUAAAGUAGACAAAAAGGCGGGAAAUGAUUCCGCCUUUUCAAAACAUGACGAAGAAAUGGAUAAUAUUGAAAAGACUGCAUUAUUCCUUAAAGCUUGUGACUGUGGUAAUUUAUUCGAGGUAAAAACAUUCCUAGAUGAUGGAGUUAACGUCAAUGUUUCUGUAAAAAAUGACUGUACCGGUUUGCACCUUGCUACAAGCCGGUCACAUUAUGAAAUAUGCGAAUAUCUUUGUGAGAAAGGAGCUAAAUGUGAACUACACGAUAAACGAGGAAAAACUCCAUUACACCUCGCUGCAAUUGAAGGCGAUGUAAAGAUGGUGGCGUUAUUGUUACAAUACAAUAAAGACGUUUUAUUGCAGACAGACAAGGAAGGGAAAAUUCCUCUACAUUUUGCAGCAGCUAUGGGACAUCUUGAAGUCGUUAAAAUGUUGGUAAGUGCUCAGUCUUCUAUCCACAAUAAACUCCAGCAAUCCCCUCCUACUCCAUUGGAUUGUGCUAUUCUCUCACGUCAGCAUGACGUCAUCAAGUGGAUGAUUGAAGAUGGUUUACAACCAAGUGGAAUGCUUGAUCGGGCGGCGCGAAUUAUUCAAAGAACAUUUCGCAAAUGGCUGAAAACAAGACGAAGGGAAUUUCAAAGGAAAAAUGGCAGAAAAACCAAGACAUUUCACUCACGAAAACCUUCUAAAAGUCACGGCUUUUUGUCAUCCAGUAGCAGCACCAAACGUAGUUCAAACAUCGCCCAAUCAAAUCUCGAGAGCUUAUCACGUGCUCCCGAUAGCGUCCUCGAGGCAAGCAACGAGAAGGAUAAGAUAGUUGAGUUACGUCAUAACUGGGAGCGCAUUGCAUUACUGCGUCGUAAGAAAAAGGCUGCACUUGUUUUACAGAGACACUUAAAGGGACACUUGAGUAAAAGGAAAAGCUUUAAGACAAAUGAAGAAAUAAGUAGACAUACAGAGGUAACCCAAGCUAAGGCAAUGAAAGUAAAUGAAAACAUCAAACUACCGCCAGCUAAAGAACGACACAAUGAUAACGGAUCAAAGAACGAGAUGAAAAAGACAGCCAGCGAACGACAUAAGAUCAACUGUGAUGAAAAAUCUCAAUACAAGAGCACUUUUCCUCUCAUAUCACCGAAAUCACUUUCCACGUCAAGAUCACAAUCACCUAGCAACCAAUCACAAAGCAACCAAUCACAAAGCAAUAGGAAUACAAACCGUCGUAUAGGACAGCCAUGUCGCAAUGUACAACAUGAGUUGUACUUGUCAAGCGUUACGUCAUCAAAUAGGACGGUCAGCCAGGGUCACCACCUGGCGUUGCCUAGAAACAGAGAUGACGAUGAUAUGGUCAGGAUGUGGCUUUCAAACAGAAAAUGCUAUGACAACUCACAGCUCGCAGAUGACGUCACAAACGACGAAGACAUUCCCGGUGGAACAAAUUCCGAGAUUGAUACGAAGAAGACGGAUUCUUCAAAAUCAUCUAGAAGAGCGACCGUUCAGUCGGCUCGUGUUCGUAGAGACUCGUUAAUAAAGAACGUAUACGGAUCGCCCGCAGCAACAUCAUUUAACUUUGCUUUAGAUACGUAUCAUCCACUGGCCUCACGACGCGGGCGCAAGGAAAGUCCCUUUUUAUAUGGCGUCAGCAGCAGAGUUCGACCAAACAGUAUGAAACGGUCAGAAGAAGGAUGGGUUCGUAACCUCGAAAAUAUAUAGGAUAGACAGCAACA